UUCAUUAACUUUUUUUCUGGAGUUUGAGGCAGCACCCAAAUUCUCAGAAAGAGGAAGACAAAAAUAUUCACAGUUUUUUAAGCUUCAUAUUAAAGUGUAAAUGCCACCAGCAGUCCAUCAGAUAACAACGCCUGUACUCCUUGUUUAUUUGUUAUUUGUGCAUUGACAUAGACGCUCAUUGUCAUAGCAUGAGGUUUGAUAUGGAGAUGUGUUUCAGAAUAUCUCUGAUGUUUCUGCUCAUGACUGCUGAUGUUGAUGGUCAGCAGGAUUGGGUGAACUACAGUCUUUCAUAUGUUUGUGCAUUAAGGGACUCAACAGUGAGAUUAAAUUGUACUUUAAAACAUUCUGAUAGAUAUUGGGUCAUAGCAGCCACCUGGACCAAAUCAGCAUAUACAGCACCAAACCUGUGCUCAGACACAAACUACACAGGAAAGGUUCACUGUGUUUACAGUGAAUAUAAUGGCACUCACAGCAUCACUUUAACAAAUGUGACAGAAGCUGAUAAACACAUCUACUAUUGCAGAUUCAUAACAAACUGCAGAUACAACUGUGAAUACAAUGUAUGGAUUCCUGGAGUUCAGCUUGAUGUCACAGACCUGCAAGUGGAGACAAAUCAGCGAGUGAAAGAGGGAGAUUCAGUGACUCUUACAUGUAAAACCACCUGCAAUCUGACUGAAGAAACAACAUUCAUCUGGUACCGAUACACAGAUAUAUUCACUAAAGGAAGAAUUGCAUGGAAUCAACUUCACCUGCAGUCAGUCAGUCGUAAUGAUUUUGGAGUUUAUAGAUGUGCUGCUGCUGUAAGAGGACCUGAACGUCUUCUGUUCUCUCCUGGUAUUCAUCUUACAGUAUAUCAUCUUGAUCAGCCGGAUUGGGGAGUGAAUUACAGCCCUUCAUAUGUUUGUGCAGUAAGAAGUUCAACAGUGAGAAUAAACUGUACUUUAAAAUAUCCAUCUGGCCAUGUGGUGAAUAUAGCCUUCUGGACCAAAGCUAUUAAACAUCAUAUGGUAGAACCAAACCUGUGUGUGGACCCAGCAUACAAAAGAGGAGUUUGUCAAAGUGAAAAUAAAGACACUCACAGCAUCACUUUAACAAAUGUGACUGAAGCUGAUAAACGCAUCUACUACUGCAGAUUUAUAACAGACCAAACAGGAGGUAAAUGGAGAGGAGUUCCUGGAGUUCAGCUUGAUGUCACAGACCUGCAGGUGGAGACAAACCAGAGAGUGAAAGAGGGAGAUUCAGUGACUCUUACAUGUAAGACCACCUGCAGUCUGACUGAAGAAACAACAUUCAUCUGGUACAGAGACACACAGAGAUUCACUAAAGGAAGAAUUACAUUGAAUCAACUUCACCUGCAGUCAGUCAGUCGUGAUGAUUCAGGAGUUUAUAGAUGUGAUGCUGUAAGAGGAUCUGAACGUCUCUCCUCUCCUGAUGUUUAUCUUAGUGUUGAGUAUCCUCCUGGAAAAACGUCAGUGUCCAUCAGUGGAUCUGGUGAAAUAAUGGAGGGUGAUUCAGUGAAUCUGACCUGCAGCAGUGAAUCAAAUCCACCUGUUCAGAUCUACAGCUGGUUUAAAGUGAAUGAAACAUCAUCUGUUGGAUCUGGACAGACGUACAGCAUCACUAACUUUAACUCCAGUCACAGUGGAUGGUUUUACUGUGAGGCUCAGAAUGAAGUCGGAUCUCAGAGAUCUGAUGCUGUAUCUGUCACAGUAACAGGGGUUCAUGGUUUUGCUCUUUAUACACUUUAUGGGAUUCUGGCUGGAUGUGGGGCUUUGAUCUUCAUCAUCAUCUUCAUCAUUUUGUUUAUGAUGAAGCACAGAAGAGAUCAUACAGCAGAAGACAUCAAGCAGAAGCAGACGGCUGACUGGAGUGAUGAUACAUACACAGCUCUGAAUCCUGCGUCCAGAACAUCUGAUGACAUUUACAACACAAUCAGAUCUGAUCAGUGCAGGCCUGCUGAUGGCGUCUACACGACUCUUGAGCUUCAGUCCAGAUCUUCUGAAUAUGACACACUUACAGUAAACACACAUUAAACUCUCUCUGACUCUGACAGACGACUGUACACCAAUGUAAUGUUGUGAUGUGUUGUUUAUAAUUACUAAUAAACUGAAAUGUAUAAAGCUGUUACGUUAAGAUUUACACAUAGUUAAACCUUUGAGUACAUUAAAAUAUAUUUUUAUCAUCAUAAUGACCACAUUUCUGUGUUAUAAUCCUCAUCUGUAUCCCUGAAGAGACUUCUCGCUCUCUGAAGUUCACACAGAUGCUGAUAGUCAUUAAAGAUGAUUGACUGAGAUGAUUGUUCAGUAUAUUGAGAGUCUGUCACACCUUCAGUACAGUAGAGGUUAAAUGUGAUCUUCUGAUUGGUCAGUUUGAGUCACAUGAUCAAUGAUUAUUCAUAUAUCUUAUUUGUAAAAAUUUAAUUCUACAUGU